CGGAAGUGGUUCUUGAGAGCUAAGGAACAACACACGUGUUUUCCUCAAUCUGAAGGUUAAAUAAGCCGGUGGUCGGGUGUGUUUGUUGGCCGCUGAGAGUGGUCGUUUGAACGGUUCGCUUUUGGAGAGAGUACGGUCUGGAGCGGACACAACGCAGACAUGGACCCAGAGAAAGCACAGCAACUGGCGGCGGAACUAGAAGUGGAAAUGAUGGCUGAUAUGUACAAUCGGAUGACCAACGCGUGCCACAGGAAGUGUGUGCCCCCCCACUACAAGGAGGCAGAGCUGUCUAAAGGGGAGGCGGUCUGUCUGGACCGCUGUGUGGCCAAGUACCUGGAUCUACACGAGAGGCUGGGCCGCAAGCUCACCGAGCUCUCCGUUCAGGACGAGGAGAUGAUGAGGAAGAACGCUAUUGGACAAUAAUAUAUAUAUAUUUUUAGGGAGGGAUGGGGGUGGGUUAGUGCUAGGGUUACCAUGCUUUCUGUGCGGGGGGAAAGAGAGAGGGAGCGAUGGGGUGGGUUUAAUACAUUCAUGGCUCUUAUGGAGGGGAUGGAGUUGCCGUCCAGAGUGGGUUGGGUGUGUUUAAAGAGCAAGAUGCUUGGAAGGAAGGUUUGUGAUUACAGUGUGGAGCGGAAAAUUGGGAUGGAUGAAGCCUGUUUUGUGUGAACAGUGGUUAUACUUGUGGUUUGAGCCAAGAUCUUUUUUUUUUUUACCACAGCAAAGACACUAAUGUGCAGAGUUAACUAUUUUCUGUUCAGCCAAUCAGUGCUCUCUCAGCAUUGUGUGUGUAGCCCUUUUUAGUUAUGUGGGCGUGUCCGAAGUGAUGAUGAAUUGAGAAAUCCCCCAAUAAUGUUUAACAAAAUGCUUUCAUUGUUCCAUAGUGCAGUAUUCUUCAAGCCAUUCCUUAGGGGGACCCUGGGAGAUGCUCCUUUCUGCUCUAGCCAUGGACUAAUACACCUGUCUCAACUGAUGAAGGACACCCGUUGGGCUCAUAUCAGUGUCUCAGAGUAGGAGUGCUGAUCUAGGCUUUAUGAGUACGGGCCCUUGUCCCAUAGGAAUAGAUGGAGACACUGCUGUAGUCAAUACGAGGACCAUGCCUAUCUGAGUGUCAUUUCUUUACAUUUUGAUCAGUCUCAGUUUGUUCAUUGGCUUUGUAUUUUCUUCAUGUUGAAACUGUUCUAAUGUUGUACAAAGUUUUCUUUUGUGACAUUUUAAAAACCUUUUUUUUUGUUUUAAAUCUGAAUAAAUAUUGUUAUACUAUAUA